AUGGCUUCCUCUUCGCAGCCUUCAAGCUUUCUACUCUACUCCUGUAUAGCACACCGCACAACAAUCCUCGCGGAGCACUCAUCACCCGGAACAUCCUCUACCGCCGCCUCGUCCCUAGCCUCCAUUAUUCUCCCCAAGAUCACUCACGACCAGCCCCAGAAGCUCACCUACACCCACGAACGUCUCUUCGUCCACUACAUCGCAGACUCCCCCUCCGGCUCCUCCGACGAUGGCAGCCGCCAGGAACCCAACUCCUACGCUCCCCUGAGCUACAUCGUGGUCGCCACCGCCGAGCAAGGCCGCCGCAUCCCCUUCGCGUUCCUCCUCGAGGCAAAACGCAAGUUCCUCGCAACCUACCCGCCCUCGAGCACUGACUUCUCGUCUCUCCCCGCCUAUGGCUGCGCCGCGUUCAACACGGAGCUCCGCUCCCUCCUUCAGACGUACAACACCGCGCCACCUGCGGACUCGCUUGCUUCGGCCCGCCGCGAGAUCGACAGCGUCCGGGACAUCAUGACGGAGAAUAUCGAACGGGUGCUUGAGCGCGGUGAGCGGAUUGAUCUCCUUGUGGAUAAGACGGACCGGCUUGGUGGUAGCGCGCACGAUUUCCGCGUGCGCAGUCGGGGACUGCGGCGGCAGAUGUGGUGGAAGAAUAUCAAGCUCAUGGUGCUUUUGGUAUUCGUGGUGGUUUUUCUGGUUUAUCUGUUCGUCGGCAUGGGAUGCGGCUUGCCUGCUUGGGGGAAGUGUGUUGGGAGCAACAAUUAG